AUGCGCGGCGAGUCCUGUCUGCGCUAUCACGUGACUGGGGCCUGGUGGCACUACGAGUGGUGCUUCGACAGACACGUGCGGCAGUUCCACCCGCAGCCCGCCGGGCCCAGGGGCCAGCAGCCCAAGGAACAGAGCAUACUACUGGGUGCAUACAAUGCGGAGAAGCCGCAGCCGCUGCGGGUCUUGGCGGUGGACAACCUGGCCAGACUCGCGGACCCGGACCGCAUGGGCUACAAGGCCCAGCAAGUCUACGGCUCGGGCGACUACUGUGAAGAGAAGAGAGCCAAGCGGACGGUGAAGCUGCAGGUCAAGUGCUGCGCCUUCCACGACAAUGAGACGUACGUGGACUCGGUGGAGGAGCGGGCUCCGUGUGAGUACGAGAUGAACGUGUGCUCCCCCGUGGCGUGCGGACUGAUGCAGCGCGACCAGUUUGUGCUGACGGCGCCGACGCACAUGGAGGAGGAGGAACGCCAAGCGCUGACCAAGACUGUUAGAGACAUGUUCUACCACGCCUAUAACGGCUACUUGACGCACGCGUUCCCACAGGACGACUUGCUGCCGCUUUCGUGUCGGGGAGGCGAGUUUGAGCUCGGCCGACUGCCUAUGCUCACGCUGGUUGACACGCUGGACACGUUGGCUGUGCUGGAGGACGCGACGGAGUUCCGACGAGCGGUGGCGCUUGUGGUGGAGAACGCCGACUUUGCCUUGGACACGGAAGUGUCUGUCUUUGAGACGACGAUCCGGUUGCUGGGGGGCCUGCUGUCGGCACACCUCUUCGCGGUGAACACUGACUUGAAGCUGUACCCGGAAGGUGGCUAUGAUGGGUCCCUGUUGCAGCUUGCUGUUGAUCUCGGUGACCGCCUGAUGCCUGCGUUUGAUACUGUCACGGGGAUUCCGUACGGCACGGUGAACCUGAAACACGGCGUGCCGAAGGGAGAAACGCCUAUUGCCUCGACUGCUGGUGCUGGGUCGCUAUCAAUUGAAUUUACGAUGCUGAGUGUUCUGACGGGAGAUCCCAAGUACGCUGCGGCGUCGCGUGGUGCUGUGCGUGCGCUUUUCCAGCGUCGCUCGAAGCUCGGGCUGCUCGGAAAGCACAUCAACACGAAGACUGGCGACUGGACUGAGACUUCCUCAGGUCCGGGGUCUAAUUCGGACAGUUUCUACGAGUACUUGCUCAAGAUGUACGAGCUUUACGGCGACCGCGAGUCGUUAGAGAUGUUCGCGCAGGUCUAUCCGGCUGUGCUGGCUCAUAACAAGCACGGCGACUGGUACACCGACGUGUCGAUGUAUACUGGCUGUCAUCAUCACAGUGGGAGCUCAGCUGUCGUCUUCGAGAGUCUGGCGGCGUUUUGGCCUGGGAUGCAAAUCGCUGCAGGCGACCUGAAGACUGCAGCGGAAUCCAUGAACGCCUUUUACCGCGUGUGGCGUGACUAUGGAUUUCUGUCUGAGCAAUUCAACGUGGGGGACUGGAAGCCAGUGAAAUCCCGGGGUGGAGGUGGAGCUCGGUAUCCGCUUCGUCCUGAGCUUAUCGAAUCGACGUUUUACAUGCACGAAGCAACCAACGACUCGUCAUGGCUCCGUGCCGGUGCGCAUGUGGUUCAUUCUCUGCAGAAGUACGCCAAGACCCCGUGCGGUUACGCGAGUAUCGCUGACGUUGAGUCCAAGAAGCAGGAGGACUACAUGCCGUCGUUCUUUCUCUCGGAGACGUGCAAGUACCUGUACUUGCUCUUCAACACGACCCAUUUCUUCCGCCAGGGCAACUACGUGAUGACCACCGAGGCCCACCCACUGCCGAUCCUUCCGACGAAGGUCGUUGAGCCCAUUUUGCAGGAGGCUGAUGCCCAUGUAACCAAGAGUGAGGUGGCCUACGAAAACCGAUACUCCCCCGAACGCGUGAUGCGAUGCAAAGCCCCAAAGUUCUUCGAUUUGAUCAACUAUUCGGUUCAUUACGAAGGCAAAGUCGUGGCGCGAACCUCUCGGUGCUCCCCUCCGGCACCGUCGCCUGCUGCACUAAUCAAGGCCUCCAAAUCUGCGGCUGAAAAGAUUGCUCAGAGUGCCUCUGAAAGAGCAAAACCAACUACUACUACUACUACUACGACGACGACGACGACGACGAAGACUGACAAUAAACCUGUUGAUACGGAGAGUGUAGCAUCUGACGUGCUGCAGGAGUGGUUGCCGGCGCUCGAGGAGAAACUCCGAAAGAUUGGCGGUAAGAGUGUUAACGAUGAGUGGCUCGAGCAGCUACUGGAAGAGACUUCUCUUGGCACGACGCAUCAACGGCGCCAACCUGCGAAGCAACAGGAUGCGCAAGGUCACGUGGUGCAGUACUUGUACGGUGGCAGCCAACUUGGAGAAUUCCGCGUCGAGCAGCUUCCUGGCCGCUUGCGCGUCACUCGAGAAGAAACCGGCGAUUGGAUCGAGGCGUCGGGUAUCGUUGAUGCAAGUCACAUGAUUGUUGGCCUUGGUUUCAACGAUGGCAGCAACGACGACGACGCUGGCGCCGAUUCGUACACGUUCGAGGAACCAACAAGCAAGAAGGUCGACCCCAGUGAUGACUACCACCCGCCGUUCAUGGCGUGGAACCACGUGUACAAGGUCAACGAAGACCUGUCGCUACCGGUGGAUCAACGCUGCUCCUUGCGUGUGCAGCUGGGCUACAAGCCUCAUCCCGGAGAACCGCAGUACAACGCAAAGGGGCACCCACACGUCGAUGGAGGCGGCAAGGGAAAGCCCACCGUUUCGUUGACUGUGCCGUGUGUCGGUGCUGGCUUUGGUGUGACGAACACGUUCAAGGCGUCUCGCGCUUUCCCCAACAUGGAGCUGGUCAUCGCCGAUCCCGUUGAUGCGUGCAGCGAGGUGUCGGACCUACCUGAGGAAAGUCUGCGUGGGAAGAUUGUGCUGGCCCAACGAGGCGAGUGCUUCUUCGAAACUAAAGCGCGCAAUGCUGCGAAAUGGGGAGCUGCUGGUGUUAUCAUCGCAAACACUGAAGACGACGACCUUGUGAUGGUCAUGGGCGGUGCCGAUGAAAACAGUGCGGAGGCCACCGAUGAGCCGCUUGACAUUCCUGUGGUGAUGGUGCCUGAGCGUCUGGGCGAGUGCAUUGAACUCACAGUGCGACACCAUGCACAUGGUGUCGACCAUACCCGACGACGGCCGAGAGGGAUUUCUGAGGCAUCGUUUCCCCGUAUUGAGGGCACAGCGGACAACAUCAAGGUGUAUGGCCCAGUGUGGGGGAUGGAGCUGAUCACGAUGGGCUCAGACAGAGAAAAGGACCAAGAAGACGACGACGAGAAUCGUCAAGAGAGCUUCAGCAUCGCCAUCGUCGGCACCCCGCCAUGGCAGCAUUAG